UAGCAGACGGUAAAUAUUUUCUACGCGUAUUUACUUUCUGUAUCCUAAUUUGCAAUAUGUCUUUGUCGGAAGAACAACUUCAAAAGAGAAUCAAGUUUUUAGAAGAAGAACUGUCUAGAGAAAAAUCAAAAAAUGAUUUCAAAGUUCGAGAAAAAAUUGGUACAAUAAGUUUUGAAGUAGUUGAUUCAAAUCCAUAUAGCAGAUUGAUGGCCCUGAAACGAAUGGGUAUUGUGGAUAAUUAUGAAAGUAUUCGGACUUUUUCUGUGGCUGUUGUUGGCGUAGGAGGUGUCGGAAGUGUCACUGCUGAAAUGCUUACUAGAUGUGGCAUAGGGAAACUUAUCCUUUUUGAUUAUGAUAAAGUAGAACUUGCUAAUAUGAACAGAUUAUUUUUUCAACCUCAUCAAGCUGGUCUAAGUAAGGUUGAUGCUGCUUCAAAAACUCUGUAUGCCAUAAAUCCUGAUGUUGAAUUUGAAACUCAUAACUAUAAUAUUACUACUGUUGACAACUUCAAACAUUUUAUGGAUGUGCUUAAAAGUGGCAGUAAAAACAAUGAUAAACCUGUUGAUCUUGUCCUAAGUUGUGUUGAUAACUUUGAAGCUCGGGUUGCAAUAAAUACAGCGUGCAAUGAGCUGAAUUUGUCUUGGUUUGAGUCUGGUGUUAGUGAAAAUGCUGUGUCUGGUCACAUACAAUUUAUUGUCCCGGGAGAGACGGCAUGUUUUGCCUGUGCACCACCUUUGAUUGUUGCUUCAAGUAUAGAUGAGAAAACUUUGAAAAGAGAUGGUGUUUGUGCUGCCAGUCUUCCUACUACAAUGGGAGUUAUAGCUGGUUUUUUGGUUCAAAAUGUUUUAAAAUAUUUACUGAAAUUUGGAAAAGUUUCACAUUACUUAGGCUACAAUGCCUUGGAAGAUUUCUUUCCAACAAUGACUUUGAAACCCAAUUACGACUGUGACGAUUCCUAUUGUCGUUUACGACAGAAGGAAUACACUGAAAAUAAAAAAGUGGAAGUAAAACCAAAGGAAAUUGUGACAGAAAUUAUUCAUGAAAACAAUGAAUGGGGUAUUUGUUUAGUUUCUGAGACUGAUAACAAAACUGCCAAAGAAGAACCUACCGUAGAAUUGGUUCAGGGUGUAAAACUUGCUUAUACGAAACCUAUUAUUGAAGAUGAUGACAGCAAUUGUGUUGAUGUUAAUGAGCAGAAUAUAGAAGAUUUAAUGGCACAGUUAAAGUCUAUGUAAUCAUUUGUAAUUUUUUACCAAGGCAUGUUCAUAUGUAUUUCCCAACAUUUAUUAGACUCUAAGUUUUCUAAUAAGAUUCUAUUUUUAUUCAGCCAUUGAAACAUUCUCUCUACUCGAUAUGAGCUUACUAUUUUUCAGUUCUACUAUUGAUGUGAAUUCAAGUAUAUUUAUUGGAAUUGAAAUUACUGAUGUAUACUUAAAAAGACUACUUAUGUACAUGGCAGAACAUUAAAUGUAAUUAGUAACUACAUUUUAAGCAAAAUUGAGUUUGAACUACAUUUGCUUGGUUUUUGGUUUUGAAAUUAUAAUGAUGAAAAUAAAAUAUU